AUGCUGCGGCUGCAGUGUUUGCUUAACACGGCGAGCCCUGAAGAUGAAGCUCUCUCUGUGCGUGUUCUAACUGUCGCGGCCUCUCUAGAUGAUCGCAUUGGCGAACUGGAGGCCCGAAUCGCUGCGGAGGUGGAGGUCAUGGCGAUCCAAGCAAAGCCCUACACCACCAUGAAGCUCUAUUGCCUUCGACACCAGUGGCUGACGUACCGCCAAGACUCGACGACCAAGACUGAAGUGCUGUUCCUCGACGGUGAGCCUAUCGCUGGGCUCGAUACUUGCACCUUGCAAAGUGCCCAGCAGCUUGUGCCAUGGGCGCAUGUGUCGUGGUAUUUCAAAGACAAGCAGUUCGCCUUCCCGGACACGGUUGAUAUUGUAGUGGCAUGGGAAGAUGCCGACCAGGACGAAGACCAAGGCACCGCGUAA